UCAACUCAAGCCCUCCAGAUUUACCGGAGCACUAACAGCUGAUCGGCAAGGGUUGUUCACAAUGUUGGUCGGGAAUAACUCUCCAAAAUGAAAACUGAAAUGACUGAAAGGAUGUGUUAUGAUCAAAAUAGAACACCUUAAAAGGUUCCUUUGUGAAAGAAUCUGGACGAUGUGAUUUGACAACUGGUGAACAGUGUCAACUUGACGGGAAAAUGACGGGUAGAACAUUCUUAGAUAAUGUCAGUGAAAAGGACAUUGAAAUCGAGCCCGAGCCCGAGCCCCGGGCCAAGUCCAGAUGCCCAGACGGAGGUUGGGGCUGGGUUAUUGUGUUUGGAGCAUUUGUCUGUAACGUGAUCGUGGAUGGAAUCUGUUUCACAUUCGGCAUAUAUGUGCAGGACAUUAUAGACUAUUAUGGAGCAGACGACUCCAAAAGUGUGUUGGUGGGUUCCCUACUAGUAGGAUGUUACCUAAUGGCAGGACCCCUUGUGAGUGCCCUAGCAAACAAGUUCGGCUGCAGGAAGAUUUGCAUUUUUGGCAGUCUUUUGACAUGCAUCGCGUUCCUUGUGAGCACUUGCGCUCCAUCCAUAGAGGUCCUGAUGUUCUUAUAUGGGGUCGUUGGAGGAAUCGGAAUGGGAUUGAUAUACCUGCCGUCAAUUGUCAUCAUCGGCUACUGGUUUGAACGGAAGAGGGCUUUCGCAACCGGCAUUGCCGUCUGUGGAUCUGGAAUUGGGGCGUUGAUCUUCGCUCCAAUCAACAGAAAUCUUCUGGAGGAGUAUGAUUGGAAGCAGAGUUUGGUUAUAGUGGCAGGUCUUGUUUUGAAUUGUGCUGUUUGUGGAGCUCUCUUUAGACCAAUAGCCUCAGUUUCCAAGAAAAGAAUGAAAAGGGGUAUUGUCACUCGUGGAUCUAUCAUGAAAGCACUUAUUGCAGAAAAGGAACGCCAGAGGACGAUUUCAAAUGGAUCGUUGGACAAUUGUAUUAUAACAAAAGACAAUAGACUCAUUAAAAUUGAUAAAAUUGACUUGAGAAAUAAAAGUGUUUCUUACAUUAAUCGUCUGAAAAAGGAACUCGGAUUUAGUUCUGGAAGCUUAAAUCGCAGUAAAAACAGUCUGAUAAUAACUCCUGUAGGUUAUAACAACAACAUGAUUAUUAACAUUGUGGAGAGUGUUCCAUCAACUCCAGUACAGGAAAAGAAAGACCUGACCCCCACUCCUAUUAGAUCCACCCGUAGGAAACGUGAUUACGAGAGAAGGAGAGACAGCGGGAACGGUAGCGUGGCCUGCAUGCCAGACAAUCCAACUCCGGAGAAUUUGAUGGAUAUGUUGGAAAAGGACGAAGCUGGCUUAUCCAGACAAUCGAGUUUUGUCAGUAGGACGAAUGAAGAAAGUAGCAACCUGUUGGAUCCUAGCUCUAUAAAACAAACUCAUUAUUUGGGGCGAAGCUCAGGGAGCGUGAGGAGUUCGGCCAAUACUUAUCUGUCCCCGGAAAGUUUGAUGACGUCAUUGAACUCGAGUGUCAGAUUUGCUGGCGAGGUUACCAUUGAUGAAAUUGAGGAAUACUCGUCACAGCGGGAAAUCCCUGGAUGGUGCCUCUACAUCUCCAACCUCUUUGAUCUCAGUUUACUGAAAGAAAAAGCGUUUGUUCUCUACGCAUUUACCAGCUUUCUCAGCAUGCUAGGAUUUUUUAUUCCUUAUUUCUUCAUUCCAUUGAAAAUGGAGAGCAUGAGUAAAGGAAAGGGUGCCAGGGUUACUGACGAUGACGGAACCCUGUUUAUCUUCUCCAUUCUUGGCAUUGCUACAACAAUAGGUCGUGUUUUAAUUGGAUGGGUGGCUGAUCGGCCGUGGUCAAACACCUACCUUAUCAACAACGGGUCACUGGUUCUAGCCGGAAUCGUUACUCUUCUCUGUCCUUUCCUAGACGGAAGUGCGCAGAUGACAAUAUUUGCUAUAGGAUUUGGCUUUUUUACUGCCGGAUUCCUUUCUCUUCGCUCCAUUGUCUUGGUAGAUUUAAUUGGAUUAGACCGUUUGACGUCAUCAUUUGGAUUACUCCUCUUGUUUCAGGGAAUUGCAACUAUUGCAGGUUCACCAUUAGCUGGUCGAAUGAAGGAAUUAACUGGUAGUAUUGACUCUGUAUUUUACCUGUCGGGAUCCCUAUUAGCAGUGGCGGGUAUCUUCGGCUGUUUUAUGACGAUGCUCAAGCCACGUGACGUCCAUGCGCAUUAUGAGGAGGAAGAAAUGGUGGAUUAUCCGAUGGAUUCGGAAUUAGAAAUGAUCGAACAGGUAAAACUUCCGGACUCCAGAUUGUAAGCAGACACGUUUUGUUUUAAAAACAAAACUAUAAUUUACACGGACAUCUUGUGCAGGGAUUUUUGGUGCUGAUGAUUGAAUGUGACUGACUGCGGGACAGACUGUCUGCUUUUCAAAGAUUUUGACUCUGGUCAAAAAUUGACUUUUUCGUACAAAAAGCGAUUUUGAAUGUUGUGCGUUGACGUUGUACAAAUUUUGUGUUGUUCAUGUCCAUGCGGUAAUUUGAUGUGUGAAAGAGGAAUCCAACAUAAAUAAAACAAUUAUAAAGUGCCACAUCAACAAAGUUGAUCAGUCUUUCAAGUGUGAAGACUAGAUUUGCCACAGAAGGAGUGUGACGUCAUUGCUUAUUAAGGAUCUCAGAUUUGAAGGACUGACUGUUAAGGUCUAUAGUCUGGUUUGGAGUGUGUAAAGUACCUUAAAGGUACUUUUUGCUUGUUUUUAAACUUAAUUCGCAGAACGCUUAUAAACAUGUUCUUUGCGUCGAUGAAUUUUGUUAUGAUCAAAGUUUUUUUUUUUUUAUGUAAUGAUGGACUUGAAUGUUAUUCUUACUUGAAAACUGAUAAUGGCAGAUUUUAAUCAUUUGGUAGAUAUAUAUUAUUAUCUAUGUUAUAUUCGAUUCGUUACAUCCAGUUGUGUAUUUUGGAAUCUUGUUAUGAUUUUAGAAGUUACUAAUAAUGAAUGGCUAAUGAUAAUGUUUAUAACAAUUUCUAUUUAUAUACAAACUAUCUGCUUAUAACCCGCAGUGCUACUUUUAAGUAUUUGCAUAAUGCUAUCAUGGCCAAGUGCUAUUUUCUUUUGUUUUGUUACUAUAGUAUUUUGUCUCAUGCUCCAAAGACGUGUUAAGCAGUGGGCAAGAAAAUAGACUGGGAUUGACGAGUUUAAGUGCCUUUGCAUAUAAUCAUGUGCAAUACACAUCACUAUCUAUUUCAACAAAGUUUUACAUGAAAUAUCAUCAACGAUGCUAAGGGGGAUAAUUCAGGGCUUUUUCAAAUAAUGUACUUUGUCACAUUGGAAAAGAUGUAUUGAAGACGACUUCAUUUGUUUUCACAUUUUCAUUUUGAUUUUUUUUUUAUUAUUAGUCAAAUAUGUCUCUAACAAAAAGCUUUUAAAUUUGGAUAGUUCCUCCUAAACUCGACAUUUUAAAGCCAGUUGUUUCCUUUCACACGUUUAUGUAUGUUUUGUGAAUGCAUGUGUUUAAUCUUCAUUUUUGUGUUAUGAUGCAUCAUUGUAAAAAAAAAAAAUGCGUUAUACUAGUAUCUUGUUUUCUUUAUAUAAUCCAUAUUAUAUAUAUAAUUAUGUACGAUGUACCUUAAACAUUUGAUAAUGAAGGGCGCAGAGACUUCAUUUGUUUUGUCUGCUGUUAACCCUGUAGGAAAAAAAUGAUAUUACUGUUAUGUAUUAUGCACUAGAUUCGCUUGUCAGGGUGAUUUUACAUAAGUAUUAAAUGAUUUUAUUGCUAGGAUUGAUUUUAACAGCUGCUUCACAUUUUAGCUUUGUCACCCUGUUCAGGUUCUAUUCUUGUUCAUACAUUUGCUGGUCAGUAUCACAUUUAAAAAAGAGCUUUGGUGACCUAGACGGUUGUGAACGAUAGAUUGUUUGUGCUGGAUCUAAAUUGUGUGAGUGUGAACAUAGUUUUCAAUUUAUAACUCCCUUCCCAUAACCCUGUUUCAUGAGAAUGUGAUUCAAAUUUGUUAGGAGUUUUUGUUCUCUUGAGUGGAAGAUUGGUGUUUUAAAUGGCAUACAAGAGAGAAAAAAAAUUGUCCCCUCAGUUAUAUAGGUGUAUAUAGCUGACUUGAAAGUCAAACAAUAUAUAGGGCAUUUAUGAAUUGUUUUAUUGUACUUGUGUUAUAAUAAAAUUACAUUAAAACGAUAUAUCAACUUUGAGAACAUAGUAUCAUUUUACAGAUGUGUCGCGCACAACACAGUGGGUUCACAAGCAUUAAAAGGGCGGAUCCAGGAUUUUGUGAAUUUAUUUUAAGUGACGGGUUUUUCGAAAAUGAUGAAUUGAUGUUGAUCUUAAAUCCGGUCCGCCCAUAUUUGCUGUUUGAAAUACUUAUUUUUAUUGAUUUUUACUGUCUUCACAAGUGAAUGAAGCGUUUUAAAUGUGGAAAUGUUGAUCUCGCAUAAGUUGUAGACAAUAAUAGAGAUGUAUGUGUUUAAAAAUUUAAUUGCUAAUUGGAAUAGGAUAUAUAAGAAAUGAAUUUAUAAAAUUAAUCCACAUUUGGUGCACUUUUAAAAAUAUAUUUAAUGUGGAAGAUGAAAGAAUAUGGCGAUUUCUAGUUUCUGUGUUUUGUAUAAUAUGAUGUCACUUUGUGAUGCAAUUUGAACUUGGUUAUUGUGUACAUCAUAUCUGUUGCCAUAUAUAUUAAAGUUCUACAAAGAAAAACAA